AUGGCGGCCAAUGCCGGCCUGCGCCCUUCCCGGCGGAGCCAAGUCCUGGCAGAGCUGGAGCGCCUCAAGGCCUGGCGAGCGCAGGCCGUUGGCGUGGAGGCGGAGAGCUUGGACACAGCCAUUGAGGCCCUGGUGUUCGCCCUUCGCUGCCCACCACAGCCGAGGGUGGAGGAGCCCAGUGAGGCCUGGAAGGAAUGGGCAUCCCUGGCUGUGGCCUUCGUCGAUGCAACGCGACACCAGCGGAUUGAGGAGGAGUCGCCUGAAGAGCACGAGGGUGACCUCAGCGGCAGCGACACGCGAGAGAGGGAAGGCUCUGUCGAGGACGAACUUCGCGAGCCUCCCCAGGAAGAGGUGGAGGGCGAGGCAGACCAUGCCGAUGAGGCAGACCUGGAGUUGGAGGGUGAGGCGGACAUGGAGGUGGAGAUGGCCACACAUCUUGCCGAGGAUGCGCAGGCGGAACGGGAGCUGACGGCACACUUCGAGGAGGAGGAGGAGGAGGCAGAAGUGGAGUCCAUCCAGGUUCCAGGACCGGUCGCGCAAGCUCCGCCCUCGCUGGGCGCUGCUGGCGCUGAGCCAAAGCAGCAGGAGGCGCCCCGCCAGGCAUUCUACGCUCAACUCGGCGUACGGCUCCGCAAAAGGGAGGUGGUGCCUGAGCGCGUGGAGCCUCUGGACCCUGUCAGCGGACCUCCCCGUGGACCUGCGGGGCAAGUGCUGGAGACUGGGCAACAAAGUUCCAGCAGCUUGGAUCUGUUGGUGCCUCCGCCUCUGCUGAUUCCGGAUGUCGGAUGCAGAGACGUGGAAGACGUGGGAGACCUGGUGGACGAGCCCUGCCUGCACCCGCUGGACGCAGAAAAAGCGCAGGAGCACUGCGCUAGCCCACGCCGCCAGGGCCACAACCAGAUGGCCCCCGACCUCGUGCCCGUCCCGGAGCCGCCAGAGCUGGCGCCCUUAUUGGCACCCGAGGAUGCGGAGGUACGGUUGGAGAUGGCCCCCGGCCUGGUGCCCGUCCCGGAGCCGCCAGAGUUGGCGCCCUUGGUGCCUGAGCCUGCAGAGAUGGCCCCUGGCCCGGUGCCCGACCCGGAGCUGCCAGAGUUGGUGCUCUUGACGCCCGAGCCUGCAGAGAUGGCCCCCGGCCUGGUGCCCGUGCCCGAGCCACCGGAGCUGGCGCCCGAGCUGGCGCCGGAGUUGGCGCCGGAGCCGCCGGAGAUGCCACCUGGCCUGGCGCCCUACCCGGAGCCGGUGGACUCACCCUCGAAGUCCGAGCCUGCAGAGGUGCGGUUUAAGACGCCCCCUGGCCUGGAGCCUGCCCCGGAAUCUGGGGAGUCGGCGCCCUCGGCGCCCGAGCCCGCGCAGACGUCCUCCGGCCUGGCGCCCGUCCCGGAGUCGGAGGAGUCGGCGCCCUCGGCGUCUUCGGCGCCCGAGCCGGCAGAGGCUCCCUGGACUCCCUCACUGUGGCGCACCGAAGAAGCGCCCCCAGCCACGGGCCGCAACUGGCGCAGCCGACCCCGGCGCAGCCCAGCAAAGGAAAAGCAGCCCGGCACCGCGGCGCCUACUGCGGAGGAUGCGGCCAACUCCGCGCAAGCGCAGGAUGACGUGGAGACGACGAAGGCAAUCGGCUGUAAGCUGACUUGGCCCUUCAAUCUCCGCUGCCUUCGCAAGUGCUUUCUUUUCCCGUGGCUUCGGCUGUGUGAUUAA